AUGACCACCCACAAAGCAAAGGCUGCCGACGACGAUAUUGAUGACUUGUUCAAGGAUAUCGGCGCUGAUUCGGCCACCACUAAAGCCCCCAAGACAAAGCUGCCUGCAAAGGGCAAGCCAGAACCCGCGACCGAUGACUUUGACCCCCUGGCCGAGCUCGAAACCCAACUCGGCGAGGAGAAGGCACCGCGACCUCACACGCCUCGCAUCCGCGAAAAUGUACAGAAAGCUUCGCCGGCGCUGAAGCGUACAUCUACCAACACCCCUCCUCCUCGCGCCGACACUGCUCGCAAGUCAGCCGAGAGUACCGGUUCCUACCAUGCCACCCCCAGCGCCACCAGCUCCGACGAGGUGGAGAAGAAGCUCGAGCAACCUCAAGCGACAGCCACCGCAUCGAGCGGCGGUGGUGGCUGGUGGGGUGGCUUGCUGUCUACCGCGACGGCAGCGAUGAAGACAGCAGAAGCCGCUGUCAAGGAGAUUCAGCAGAAUGAGGAGGCUCGCAAAUGGGCCGAUCAAGUUCGUGGAAAUGUCGGUGCUCUGCGCGGCCUAGGCGAUGAGCUCCGUCACCGUGCCCUUCCCUCCCUCACCACAAUCCUCCACACCCUUGCGCCGCCGAUUUCCUCCCACGAGCGUCUCCUGAUCCACAUUACUCACGACCUAGUCGGCUAUCCGUCACUUGACCCCCUCAUCUACGCAGUCUUCAACCGGGUUAUGGCUCAGGUAGAAGGAGGAGACCUGCUUGUCAUUCAGCGUGGGCAAGAAUCUGGUGCCGCAUCCAAUGCGCAACACUCUACUGCCGGCUGGCGCGACGGUCCAUGGUGGAGAGUCACGGAUGCUCCUGGGAGAGACUUGGGGAUUGUUGGUGGACUGGUGGAAGGCUCCAAGCUGUGCAGGGCCAACGCGGAGGGAUACGCCACCGACUACUUCAGCUCCCGUGGUGGGAUUGAGGCAGCUCGCCAGAGAGCCUUGGAGCCCGUCUCUGAAUCCAACCCUGUGCGCUCGUCGGAUAUCUUCCUCAGUGUCCAGGCUGUUUCUGUCAAGGGAGACAAGGGUCUGUUUGCGGGCACGGCGGGAGAAGAAAAGGCCAAGCAGGACAGCAUGGCCCAGGAGGAGGAACAGAAUGAUGACCAAGUCGUGUUUGCCAUUUACAUUUUCGAUCCCGUCCACGACAUUCGGUAUUCGGCUGUUAGCCAAGGGGUCCCGGCAAAAUGGAUCAAGUGGCUAGACGUUGCGCCUUCAGCGGGUGGGAGCGACGAGGAUGAGUUUGAGGAGCAGUUUGGACGAGUGCCGGAUGAUAUCAGGGACAUUAUCGAGAGCGGCGGGGUUGACCCGAGGGAAUGGGUUGCCGAGUGGCUUGAAGAGGCGCUGAGUUUGUCGGUAGGCGUUGUGGCACAACGCUAUGUCGCUCGUCGCAUGGGUGUAGGAGAGGGAGCUGGCAUGAUGAAGGGGAAGCAAAAGGUAGAGAGCGUGAUGGCCGAGGGUGGAGGGGAGGCUGCCAGAGCUGGUCUCAUUUAG